UUUAUAUGCACUGAUUCUCACGAAACAUGCAGGUGAUGUAGACACAAAAUACUAGAGGAACUCAACGGGACAGGCAGCAUCUCUGGAUGGAAGGUUGUUACAUGACAUCUGUCCGCCUUGGGACUCCGCCCGAAACGUCACCCGUUCCUUCUCUCCAAUGAUGCUGCCUGUCCCGCUGAGUUACUCCAGCUUUUUGUGUCUACCUUAUUUUACCCGCAGACGUUUAUUCAGACUGAAGAGUCUCGACCCGAAACGUCACCUAUUCCUUCUUGCCAGCCAUGCUCCCUGUCCCACUGAGUUACUCCAGCAUUCUUGUGUCUAUCUUCGUUGUAAACCAGCAUCUGCAUCAACACAUGCAGCUGAUGUAACCCGGUGACGCAAUAAACCGAUGCCGUUUGCGCCCGCAUGAGCGCACGUGCUUCCAGCUCGAGGCGGGUGGGCCGUUAGAGUUUGAAUAGGAGACGAGGGAGGUGCGCCUGAGACGUUAGUGAAGGACAGCAAGGGACUGGAGAAUGGACGACGACGAAGACAGCAGCAAGAAAACGUCGACCCACGGCGUGUCUCCAAAACCGAAGAGAAGAGAAGAGAAGAGAAGAGAUGGUCCCAAAUACUCAAAGACGGCGAUCAGGCCUCACAAUCCCGAUCGGUCAAAGUUCUAUGAGGACUUGGUGGAGGAGAUGCGCAGGAAGAUGUGUUGCCACAAAGCACGAGAAUCUCUGUUAAGUUCCUCCAGUGGAUUUCUUAACUACCGUGGGAUUUUGAAUUGGGCUGUGGUUGUGCUGGUUUUGACGCACACACAAAUGGUUUUAGAAAAUUUGAUCACGUAUGGAAUUCUUGUGGAUCCAGUUCAGAUUAUUGCAUUUGCUUUGAGUGACCCCAACACUUGGCCAGGGUCAUAUCUGAUUAUUGUGUCAAGUGUAUUUAUCCUUAUUGCUCUUCAUAUCGAAAGAUCGCUGUCAGCGCUUUCAAUCAGUGAAAAAAUGGGAUACACUAUGCAGAUGAUCAAUCUUGGAGCAAUUCUGUUUAUUCCGCUAUUUGUGCUUAAAGUGUUGACAACGUCUACUGCAGUUGGAUCAGCAAUGGUAUUAACAUUGCACAGCAUCAUUUUCAUGAAGUUGUACUCGUAUCAUGAGGUGAAUAGGUGGCUUCGUGAAGAAUGGGCUCCUUUAGGUCUAAAGUCAGCCAUGAAACAGCCAGGUAUUACAUCAUGUGUAUUUGAAAAUAGAGAACGUAAUGGUAAUAGGACCAACCUUGAUGAAGUAAUUACUUAUCCAGACAACCUGACAGUAAAAGAUAUUUACUAUUUUUUGUUUGCUCCAACACUCUGUUAUCAAAUGAAUUUCCCAAGAUCCGCAAGAAUACGCAUACGUUUCCUUCUGCGACGCCUAUUUGAAAUGUUUUUUUUAAUUCAUCUUUUUGUUGGACUGCUUCAGCAGUGGGUUUUACCAGUGACUCGACAUCAAAUGAUGCCGUUUGUUGAGAUGAAACUGACUGUAAUGAUUCACCAGCUGUUUCUGAUAGCGAUACCAAAUCACUUCAUGUGGAUCAUAUUUUUCCAUGGCUUCUUUCACUCAACUUUGAACCUUCUUGCUGAGCUGAUGCGAUUUGGAGAUCGGAGGUUUUAUCGAGAUUGGUGGAACUCAGAGACUCUCAUUUACUUCUGGUCAAAUUCAAAUAUUAUUUUUCACACCUGGUGCAUGAGACAUAUUUAUAGACCACUGGUUGAGAAUGGUUAUUCAAAAUGGGAAGGACAAGCCUCAGUAUUCCUAAUAUCAACAUUAUACCACGAGUAUCUGCUUGCAGCGCCACUUGGCAUGUUCCGUUUCUGGAUGUUUCUGGAGAUGAUAUUUCAGGUUCCCACUGCUUGGAUUCUAAAUAAAUAUUUAAGAGGACUCUAUGGAAAUGCAAUUGUGUGGAUUUGCAUUAUUUUAGGCCCUCCUUUACUAGUGCAUAUGUACAUUCAUGAUUACUAUAUUUAUCUAGAACGUAAGGCAAAUGCAUAACAUUCAUUAUUAAAAAGAGAACCUUAU